UAACCUCAUUCUCUUUAGACUGCAAGUUGUGAUUUACUGAUCUCUUUACUUGACUCCUUAUACUGGUACCAAUGGCGAAAGCUGGAUGGAUGAUUUUUACUUUCUUAGCCUUACAGUUGCUUUCAUUUUCUUCCCAAGAUGCCUCGAAGUGGCUGAGUAUUGAUUGUGGCAACGACCAAAUAAGCUUUCAAAACCUGCUCUUGUGGGACACCGAUUCUGAUUACAUUCAAGUAGGAUCAAAUAAACGAGUUCGUGAAGAAGCAAGCAAGGAUGAAUUUAACACCCUUCGCGCUUUCCCCAACAAUACUAGAAAUAAUUGUUACACUUUGCCUACUGAGAAACAAAAGCUCCGGUACAUAAUCAGGGUGGGAUUCUACUAUGGUAACUACGAUGGUCUCUCUAAACCGCCAACAUUCAAUCUCUUCAUCAACGACAGAAUUUGGACAACUGUUAACACGUCAAUAAACAAUGGUGAGCCAUUUUACGAAGAAAUCAUACAUCAAGACCAAGAGUCAGGGUUCUUCAAAAUUUGCUUUGUACAAAUUUUAGAUGGUGGAAUUCCAUUUAUCAGUUCAAUUGAAACCGUGGUUAUAUAUGAUUUAUAUCCAGAGAUGGAUACUAAUGCAACAUAUAAUCUUGUCACUAGGAUCAACCUUGGUGGCCAAGAAGUCAGGUAUGGCAUAGGGUCAGGGGAGAUAUACAACCGGAUAUGGAGCAAAAAAGCUAUGCCUUAUGCCAGCGUUUCUGGUUUCACAGGUUCUUUUCCCUCACCCGAUAAUUACCCUCCUGUUUCUGUGUUGACAGAUGCCAUUAUGUUCAAUGCAUCUGAUCCGAUGACUCUGACCAUUGAUCUUCCACAAUCAACCCCGCAAUCAGCUUACAUUGUUUUGUACAUAACAAACCUGGGCGACCUUUUCAAUCCUAACACAUCCGCAACAGUCAAAAUUAAAAUUGACAAUCAGGAUCAAGGGACGGUUGAAGCAUUACAUUUUGGUGAAACCACAGUGAUAACUAAGUACCCUGUGAUGGUAUCGGGCCCAAGUGUUAAUAUAACAUUGUCACCUGCUGAUAAGGCGAGCUUGCCUCCAAUGAUCUCUGCAAUGGAGGUGUUCACAAAAUGGCCUACACAUAAAUCUGCAGCAGCACCGAAGCAUUUCUCCUCUGCACAUUCACUAAUAAUUCUUUUCAUGCUUCUAUUGGUGGCAUAAAGAGAAGAAAACUGUUUGUUUUUU